AGCACUCAUAUAAUAAUUUCGUAUGUGCAAUCCUCUCACCGAGAAAAUUUAAAAUUUUAUAGAAUACAAAAUUUAUUACAUCUGCAAAUAUGCAAAUACCACAGACACCAGUGACUUUGUUUCUUGUCGGUGCUGUAUUUACAACUUAUGCGUCAACGCUUGAUAUCGCGUUAAUGGAAUUUGCUCUGACUGGCAGGAACCCGGUGGCAGAUCAAAGCGCAAAGGCGGCAUGGGACAAAGGGGAAGAGCUCUUGCGAACAAACUAUGGUUCACUACUGAAUGUGACGGGAGAAAGGUUUCUUCCAAACCCUUGGGAGGCCUGUUAUGACACGGGAUCACUAGCACUCAACUGGGCUGCGCGCUAUUAUUACAGGCAAACCACUGGCGAUCCCGUUUUGGCCAUGAUUGGCUCAGAUUGCCCACUGCCAGCAAAAUCAUUGGCAAAUUUCGCAACAGAAUGGAACAUACCAAUAAUGACCACGAAUUCGGGAGAUUCGGGUUUUUAUGACAAGCAGCGUUACCCCACACUCACACGUCUUUCUCCUUAUCGCGCGGAAGAUGUCAGCGUAGUUCUGUACAAGAUACUGAGUAAUUUCGGUUAUAAUACAGUCGGAAUUUUGUGCGAUGGGACGGAGGGUAGCGACAGAAGUGGGAUGUUCCCUUCGGCUGCUCUGGCUAUGUCCGUGUGUAGAUCGGUCUCCAAUACUUUGCGCGACAUCUAUAAUAUAAGUGCCAGCUGGUACUACAUCCAAGGCAAGGACAGGCAAAAUACAAUAGACUCUCUGGAAGAAAUUAAGGCUGUUGCCCGAGUUGUUAUCGUCAUUGCGCAGGGCAAUCGCAUUCGACCCAUUAUGCUGGCUGCUUCCGAUAUGCAGAUGACGAAUGGGGAAUACGUGUAUUUUGCAUUUGAACCUUUUCGACAUCCAGUCCCUAGUGUCGGCAACAUUACCUGGUAUUCAAAAAACGAUGGACGGGAUGCGGAGGCGCGUUUGGCGUUUCGGUCGCUAUUCAAAAUAUCAACCUCUUCAUCGUACGAAGACAAACCAGAGUAUCGCAAUUUUACCCCGGCGCUGAAACAACUUAUCAAAGAAAAGUAUGGUGACCCAUACUAUAAUGGAUUCGAUUUAGAGGUCAGUCCAUUUACCAUGGCCUACUACUAUGCAUUAUCCAUUUAUGGUCAGACGCUAAACGAAAUGGCAACGUCGGGAUCUGGUGAGAAUCUGCACGAUGGCGCGGCAGUGUCCAGGCUGAUGUGGAACCGCACGUACACAAUCUUAGGACAGGAGAUUUUCAUCAACGCUACUGGAGAUCGCCAGUCCGAUUGGAUUCUCAGCCAACCGGAUAUAAAUGGCAAUUUUCAGCCCGUUAUGGAGUACUCAGCCCGGCGACGAUGGCUGCAGCCAAGCCGCGACCCGCUAGAUAACAGUAUUCGUCAGAUUGUAUGGCCGAAUAAUCGUUCGAGUCCGCCGUUGAAUGAACCGCUUUGCGGCUACCGGGGAACAAAAUGCACAUCCGACGGAAGAGAUAAAGGUGGGAAUACCUUUUGGGAUGUUUCUGCGGAUGUAUUGCAGGGGACCGCAAGCCGGCAACAAGGUUCACCUAUCCAACAUGCCUUAAACUCCACAGUAAAUUUAAUUCAGCAGUUUUCUUCAGUUUUGAAUCAGUACAGAGAUAUUUUACACAUUUAGACGAAAACAAAUACACUCACUUCCCGUCUCUAUUAGCUCUUGCAAUAAUAUGUUCUUAAAAUUUGAGAAAGCGAAGGUAUGUAACUGCCGCGGUGUUGAACAAUCAUAAAGACAGCCAAAUCAAGGGUCUAUGCUCUUUAAUAAUGCAUCAUACAGCGGUAGAUUUGACAGGGUGCUAAUUCAUUGAUUGAUUGUUCUUAUGCAGAUUACGGUAUAUCUUUUUUUAAAUUUUCCGACCGCAUUCUACAGCCGCUUAGAGUUGUCUCUUGCGAAAUAAUAGGUGAUUUGCCGUUUGUUGAUUUGCACUGUGAAGAAAAAAAGUGCCGCGCCGGCGAAAGUAUUUUGCUUCGCU